UGUGACGCAGUGAGAUUUUAAAACAUUGUCCUUCUCAGUAAUGGCGGCUUCGUUCCCUUCGCUUUCGCUAAAUAACAAUAAAUGGUACUUCACGCGCGAACAAAUCGAAAACAGCCCAUCUCGCCGAGCGGGACUUGAUCCCGACAAAGAGCUCUCGUACCGACAGCAAGCUGCUAACCUGCUGCAGGACAUGGGACAGCGGCUCAACGUGUCUCAACUUACAAUUAACACUGCCAUUGUGUAUAUGCAUCGGUUCUACAUGAUCCAGUCCUUCACUCGCUUCCACCGGAAUGUGAUUGCUCCUGCAGCUCUCUUUUUAGCCGCGAAAGUGGAAGAACAGCCCCGCAAGCUAGAGCAUGUGAUUAAGGUGACCCAUGCGUGUCUCAAUCCUCAGGACCCAUCACCAGAUACCAGGAGUGAUACAUACCUGCAACAAGCCCAAGACCUGGUCAUUCUUGAGAGCAUUAUACUCCAGACCCUGGCUUUUGAGAUCACCAUUGAUCAUCCCCACACACAUGUUGUCAAGUGUACCCAGCUUGUGCGAGGUGAGAACCACCUGCUCACUAUAAACUGUGCUUCGUAUUGCUCAGUUAUGGGUACUUCUAGCUCACCAAGAUCAAAGAUUUCACGUCUUGAUUAUGAGCUUCCCUUUGUUGUUCCAGCGAGUAAGGAUUUGGCUCAAACCUCAUAUUUCAUGGCAACAAACAGUCUCCACUUGACCACAUUCUGCCUGCAGUACAGCCCGCCCAUCGUAGCUUGUGUUUGUAUUCAUCUGGCUUGCAAAUGGUCCAACUGGGAGAUUCCGGUUUCCACAGAUGGCAAACACUGGUGGGAGUAUGUUGACCCCACAGUGACCCUUGAGCUGUUGGAUGAGCUCACACAUGAGUUCCUGCAGAUCUUGGAGAAGACGCCCAGCCGCUUAAAACGCAUCAGAAACUGGAAAGCUGCAGGUCAAACUACCAAGAAAUCAAAAGUGCAAGAUGGCGAUCAGUCAGAAGCUAUUUUGAACAUGAUCUCCAUGGCGUCGUCCGACACUACAUUGGCCGGGCUGAUGAGUCUCUCCGCCCCACCCUCCGUUUCCUCCGUGGACUCCUCAGCUGAUUACCUCAGCACUGCUCCCUCAUCCCAACACUGGCAGCCUCCUGCCAAGGAGCAGCCCUCCACCAAUGAGCUUCACGCACCUGCUAAGAUGUCUCUGAGCGAGUAUCGGGUGAAGCAUGCAGAUGAGCUGGCGGCGCAGAAGCGGAAUUUGGUGAAUAUGGAGGCGAGUGUGAAACAGGGAUAUGCCACUGCCGCCCAGGCCCUCAUGAACCAGCAGAGGAAGGAGAAGCACCAUCACCACCAGCAGUCCACCUCUAGUUCCUCCGACCAAAACAACCCCUCACCUAUCGUCCUGAAGAUCCCACUGGACGAACGAACAGAACGUAGUUCCAUAAAAAUGCGCUUCCCAGUGCAAGGCCAAUCAGGCAGCGGUGGGAACAGCAGCAGUAGCAGCAGUCGAGGGUCCGAGUCGGAUAUUAAAGUGCGGAUUCGGGUUCCAGAAAGGCGUAGCGGGUCUGGAGAAGAUGGGAAAAGUCGCGAGAAGCACCGAGAGCGGUCCAACCACCAUCACCAUCAUCAUCACCAUCACCACCACCACUCCUCCUCUUCCACCACUGGCUCUUCCUCAUCCUCAGCACAAAAACACUCAAGUUCUGCCAGCGCUUCAGGAAGUAGCAAAAAGAUCUCAGGUGACUCUAUGAGAACGAGUUCUUCGUCAUCCUCGUCCCGAAAAAGAACUCACCUGCCAGAUCCGUCUUCUGGCACCCAUCCCUCGAAAGUCAGCAAAUCGUCCAGAAACUCGUUUCAGUUGCCGACGCUUCCUGGAGUGCCCUCCCACACGAUGGGUCAGGGCUCCGACAUCCUUCCCCCGCUCCACCAUCAGGGAAACUAUUCACACUCCAAGUUGGACAAAGCCGACACGAACGGCCACAAUACGGGGAGCCAGUCCAACGAGUACCAGGACACGUUUGACAUGUUGAACUCGCUGCUCAGUGCGCAGGGGGUGCAGCCAGCACAACCUCAGAUCUUUGACUAUCGCUCUCAGUUUGGAGAGUAUCGGUAUAGCAGUAGCGCUCGCGGAGGAACCCAAGCACCACCUUUACCCUCAGAACCACCUCCACCUCUGCCACCACUGCCCAAAUAAACCACUUUCACUCAUCUGUCCACAUGCACUGAUCAAAUCAGUCGUCUUGGGAAUCCUGGGUUCCUUUUGUGCAUCUAACUUAGUGAUACAGCAAAAAAUGUACCUGGUGAAUCUUCGCCCUCAACUUGUCUUGUGUUUUGUGCGAGCGAGUGUGUUCACAACACACAUCUGUGGCAAUAAUGUUAAAAUAGAUCAAAAUAUUGCAAAAAAAAAAAAAAAAAAAAGCAAAAAUGUUAUUUAUUGAAAAAAAAUUGUACAUACUAUUUUUGAUGUUGCUCAGUUUUAUAUCGCGCUAACAGAGAAGUCGAAUGGAGUUAAAGGUAUGUAUUACUGAAUGAGAGGGAUCCAUUCUCCUCUUUAAAAAAAAGUGUAACUGAAUGCAAAAAGGAAAAAAAUUUGUUUAAUGUAUGGAUUGCUAACAAUAAAUGUUUUUUUUAUCAAGUAUGAUAUUUAUUAUUAGCCUUUUAAAACCAUAGUUAUUAGCAGUCGUUGCUUGAAUGCGUCAGACGAUAUCUGGAUUUAUUUUUAUACUAUUGUAACCUGCUUCCCAGUCUGUAUUUACUUGAUAUGUCGUGUAUGUUUUGAGAAUGGACAUACAAAUCCCCAAUAUUUGCAUCAAAAUGUAUGUUUCUAACAUAUGAACAGUCACUGAAGUAAUGUUUUGAUUUUGUUUGGUAAAUAUUUGUGGUGUUUUUUGUAUUGAUUCUUCAAACAUUUACUAUUUUUACAUUUUUUCAAAAAAACAAAACAAAAAUGAGAAUAUGCCUAAUUUCGGCAAAGUACGUCUAGAUUUACUGUUCUAGAUUGAGUCAGAUGCAGUCAUUGUUUUAAAUGGUUGUAGAAUAUCAUGCUCAUAUAUGAUACACUAUACACAACAGUAUGCCCAGCUUGUACUCAUUUUCAUUCUUUUAUUCCUGGUUUUGUUUUGUUUUUAUUCCCAGCAUCAUGAACACAAAAGCUGUCCGAUACAGGCUGUUCAUCAUUUUAUAAUGUAACUGACUUCUAAAUGACCUUUAAACUUGAGUGAAAAUGAAUCUGUGAUGGGUAAAAAUACAAUCCAAAUGAAGCAUCUUUCCACCAGUUUUCUGUGGAGCUAAUAUUUUUUUGAUGCUGCUUUGGUUAAAAAAAAGAAAAAAAGACAACAGUGUAAGAUUCAUUUUGUCUGCAUUUAUAAAUGUUUCCCAUUAAAAUAGUGGUUCUAUUAUCCAUCAUAGCUUCAUUUUUUUGACUUUAAAGGGAUAGUUCACCAAAAAAUAUAAAUUCUGUUAUUUGCUCACCAUAAUGUUUUUCCAAACCUAUAUGACUUUCUUCUCCCAAAAUGUUUUUUGUCCAUAUAAUGAAAGUCUAUGGUGUUUGGACCCCAAAAUAUCUUCAUUAUUGGAUGACUGUCUCUUUAAAUAUACUGUCUCUUGUAAGGUCUGUUAACACUUAAAUCGACACUUGGAGAGCGAAUGGCGAAUGCUGACCGCUCAUGUUUAUUUCUUGUAAUACCUCCAUUUUUGAAAUUGUAUCAUCAACAUUUGUAUCAUUUUUUUUGUGUUUGGGAAUGACAAUAAGCCAUCUCUGAUUCAUGAAAUUACACCUGGUGGGAACUUAAAUGUUUUGAGCCAAUCAGUUUGUACCUUUAACAAGAUUGUCUCCAUAUAUCUUGCUUGAUCAUGUUUUUGUAUGCAGUUAAUAAUGCAGAUUACUUCUCUAACCGUCCUCUGAAUUAAUGGCAUGACUUUCAUUGAUCAAUUUACAGACGAAAAAGUGGAAGCAUGAAAUGAUCUGAAUUUACUUUCAGAGUAAAUUUUACUUUAUAGUUCUUUUAAUAAGAUGUUAGCAGUGAUUCUGCCGUCCUUUUAUUGUUUUCCUGAUUGUGCCUGUUGAUGCUGAGGAACAUUUCAGGAACAUUGUGAAAUUAUAUGAAACACUAUAAGCUAUAUAUAUAUAUAAAAAAUCAGUUUGCAGUUUUGGCAUAUAUUCCCUAUAUGAUGCACUCCUCAUUUCCUGUCCAUGUUUCUUUUAUCGUUCCUAAGUAGGAUUUGAAAGUUUAACAUCAUGGUUUAGUUUUGUGUUUGCUGGUUUCUAGUUUGGUUCAGUAAGACUGAAGAGAAGGCGUUCUGUGGGUCUAAUGCAAUUCAUGUCACCACUGUAUUUUCUAUGUAUCUCCGUUUCAAGAAUAUAGCAUUUUAUCAAAUGUAUAUACUGUUUUGUGUGUUUUAGUGGUACCACAUGAACUCUCAGGUUUUGAAUUGAAUUGUUGGGGUGUUUCUUGUCAGCAGUUGAGGUUUGCAUUUUUGUGAACUUGGUUCCUUUUGAUAAAUGUGGUUGAUGUACAAUAAUGUUUUAUGAGAAACAUACUUGUGGGUGUUUUUCUUAUACCGAUUGCAGUGUAAAUUGUAAUAAUGUGACAGACGUUCUACUCAUGCUUCUUGCAGUAAAUUCACUUUUCAGAUUUUUAUACAACAAAUUGACCAGUUUUGCUUCCACCUGAUGUCAACACCCUCAUGGUUUGCCUUUGAAUUCAGUGCUGGAAUAAAGAGAUACAAGAAUAAACAAGGAAUGUUA